AUGGCUGUCGCCCGACACUCGUCCACCCUGCCACCCGCCCUGCCCACCUGCAUUCUCCGCGGCCACGCUUCCCAGAUCCAUUGCGUGCACUUUGUCCGCUGCAACGCCUAUCUGCUCACUGGCGAUGCCAAUGGCUGCGUCGUCUACUGGAGUCUCGCUACCAAGAGGGCCGUCUACGUAUGGAAGGCCCAUGCGGGCCCCAUUCUCGCCCUCGCCCAAUGGGAUCACGACCGCAUCCUCACUCAUGGUCGAGACCACACCCUCCGAGUAUGGCAGCUGAGGCCACAAGGUCGUCUGCCAGACAAGAUUGCUCUUCCUGCCGAUUCCGACCACCACACGCAGCCGCUGCCAUGGCUGCUCCACUCGCUUCCUGUCAACACCCUCAAUUUCUGCGCUUUUUCCAUGUGCUGCCAGUACACGCGGCCCCGCACAGACCAGACACGCCCUAAUCCCAUCCUCGUAGCUGUUCCGGGAAGAGACGACAAGCAGAUUGAAGUAUGGCUCCUUCCGGAUGAGACCCUGCAAAUCAUAGUUCCGCGCGUGCAAACAGCUGACACAGGAAUGGUCAUGGCUGUCAAGUUGCUUCGCCAUCAACGCUCGCAAAACAUCUUGCUCCUUGCUGGGUACGAGGGUGGCGUCGCUGCAGCCUUCAAGCUCCCGGGCGACCGCACCCGCCCUUCCGUCGGCUCUGCUGAGCUUAUCUACUUCAGCCAGCCCCAUUCUCAGCCUGUACUGUCACUCGAUGCUUCGCCGGAUGGCGACUUCUUCUUCACUUCGUCUGCUGACGCCAAGUUGGUCAAGCAUCGUGUGCCCGAGCUGACUCUCGGUGCCAAUGAGGUAGGUGAAGAUGAAACUAUCAUGACGCCAUCAGCGUCUGCGAGUCGAUUAUCAGAGACAAUAGAAGACGUGUCUCAGCCUGUCGACUCCUCCGAGUCGCCACCUUUGUUUGCCAAGUUGCCUGCCAAGGGAAAGACACCAGAAGCCCCCAAACCAGGCGGUUUAUCAUCUCUACUAUCGUCGUCCUCUGGGCCUCUUCCCCGCAUCAAGCCUACACCGCCGGUCCAGUCGGCAGUGACAUUAGAGCCUGCAUACAAAAUCAUAGACACCAAACAUGCUGGCCAACAAUCACUCCAAGUCCGCUCUGACGGUCGGCUCAUUGUCACUGGAGGCUGGGAUGCUCGCGUCCGCAUAUAUAGUAGCAAAACUCUCAAGGAAGUCGCAGUGCUCAAAUGGCACAAGGAAGGUGUCUAUGCAGUAGCAUUUGCUGAAAUAUUGGCACCAGAAGACCUAGCAAUAGAGGAUUCAGAGCCAGAAACACGUGUCGAGAGACGUGGGCAGGAGCGCGAGAACGAAACAAAGAUGAAGCAUUGGGUUGCUGCGGGGGCCAAGGAUGGCAAAGUCAGUCUUUGGGAGGUGUUUUGA